UACCCCCAUCUCACUAGAUGGCGAUUCCACUGCGAUCGUCAAAAAUCGACAAAGCGUGGUAUAACGUAGCUUGAUCGUGCCUUGAUCUUGUCAAUCUUCUCCGUCGUACCUUGAUCUUUUCUGAAGCGGCAAGGAUCGCCACCAUCUUUAUGGUCGCCACAGAAUUUUGAACAUGUUCAAAACUUACGUAGCGAGAUCGCGGAGGUGCUAAAGCGCAUCACAAUCGAGUCAUGAGCGUAUUGCAAACGACAUAUUCGUAGCUGUAACGGAGCCCCAACGCAUAAAGCGUAGUAUAAGCGCAUUAAAAGCGGCACCGAUCGCCCGUGGUUUUCAGGCCCGUUCCCAAGACAAUUCUGCUACGCUGCUUCCGUUUACAAGGCGACUGCCUUGCGCUCGACACGCUUCACACAGCUUCCACCACGACGCUUCCUUCUUUGGGUGGCAUGUGGCACACGUUCUCAGCCCGCUACAGGCGUUCGCGUUGUGCUUUUGCUGCGCCGCUGAUGACUGGGCGGCGAUUGCGCAACAACCGUCCGCGCUGCUAUAAAACGCCGUGCCGAUGGUGGCGGAUUAUCAUAUUUGCAACAGAUUACGAGGCGAUACCACAGCGUUUUCAAACAUACCUCCCAGAAAAAGGACCAGAAAAGGGAAAGCUGCCCAAGCUACCCCUCUUAGGCCGGCGGUCGAAGAGGAAGAUCAAGGGGUUAUGGUGGUGGUAGAGGAGGAGGAGGUAGAGGAGGAAGAGGAGGGGGUACAGGAGGAGGAUGAAAAUCUUACUGAUGAGCCAGCUGGAAAGAGAAAAAAGACGCUCACUUGUCUUGAUGACGAAAUGGGUUACCUCUGCAGAAAUAAAUAAAUUGAUUAUGUUUUGAAAUUAAAUUGAAUUCUAACCACAGUGACAGUAGACAACAUAAAAUUUUGUUAAUGAUUCGAUCACUAAUGUAUUGAUUGGGAAAGGCAAUCUUUAGGGAGAUUCUGGCAUUGUGCCUCCCUUUUUAUGAGUGCUCUCACAUCAGUAGACUACUUCUUGUCAGCAAAUUUGAAAGGAAUUUACCAAAUAUUUUUGAGUGACAAACUUUGUGGAAGAAAAUAAACAGAAUAUCAAAGAUUUUUAUGCUCUUUUAUGAAAUUCUGGAUGCAUCCCUCAUAUUAACUAUUAGGCUCAUCGACAUCUUUUGAAUGAAAUUUUAAAAAUAUUGUAUAUUAUGACUUAGGUGACAGCCAGGAUCGAACCCUUUUUGGCCUCCUCCUUCUCCUGUCCUCGCAUUCAACUUUUAACUGAUGUUCUUUUAGAAUGCCAAGAUGUAUAAGUCCAACCAAAUUCUGGACAUCCAUGUUGGUCGGAGGUUGGCAAUCGACUGAAAAAUUUGUCAUGUGCCGCGAUUAGUAUGCCGAUUGAUUAUAAUCGUUUCAAGAGCCCAUCAUGAACGUAACAUAAUCGCUUCAUUCGUAGCACCACCGUACCGAGGUCCUAAUUAGCGUAUGAGCCUCGUUGUACGAUCGCUUUGAUCGCAGAAGAAGCGCAUCACAUCUGCCUCGAAUCGUCGCAAGAAAGUGGCAUCGUCGUACUUUCAGCGUAUUACCAUCGCCUUCAGCGCAGGUCGGUCGCAUAGAAGUUGCAGUGCAAUCGUCUCGCAGGCUAAAAAUAGAAUUCGAGGAAGAUUCUGCUACGAUUUGCGGGAUUUACACAGAUCGCCAUGGUCGCCACGAUCGCCUUCCUAGUGAGAUGGGGGCCUUACUUACACUAACUUCCCUUUGUGUCUGCCUACUCCUUUUCUUUCAUCCCCUUCACUAACCUGAUUGGUCUUCUCUACUCACUAAUGCCCCUUUUGUCUCCUUGUUUCUAGUGUUGCUGUAGCUUGUUUGUGGUCUAUAUUAUGGUUGUUCCACUUUAUAUGUUUGUCAUUUUGCCUCCGACGAAGAUUCUGCUAGGAUCGAAAGCUUAGGCCCCUUUUUGACUUUCUCAUUUGGUAGUUUCAAAGAUAUCUCCGCCAUUCCCCGAAUCUUCAAUAUUUGAGGCAUUGCUUAAAAAUGCUAAAUUGGCUUCCGUGUAGAGAAGUCCCAUGCUCCAGAAACUGUGACAGGCACAAUCCGUUGCUUAAUUGUUUUCUGAAUGUCAUAAGUGCCAGGUGGUCUGUGUCAAAUUUCCAAUAUUUCCAUAUUCAGUACCUACAUGCACCAGAUGAUCAACCCGGAAUGUUUCAUCUCUAUUAGGAUCAAGGCAAAGCCCAAUGUUCAUGUACCAUCUUUUGGACAAAUACUCUACACCAUAAUCUAACAAGAUACACGUAAAUAAUGAAUUGAACUAUCGAGUAAAAUCGAUCUUUGAUUAUCCCCUCACAUACUAUGGUGUUAUCUUUUCUCAUAAAUGUUUUUGCAUACUUGGAAAACCUUGUCAUUAAAAGGCAUGUGGAAAGACUGCUUCAGAGGACCUGGCUGACUUCAAGUGCUCCUCAUCCACUCUGAGAUCAGCAUGGAUCGCUAUCUCCUCGGGCCAAGGAGAGGAUAUGCAUGAUAAUUUAUCCGCGGUGCUUGCUCAUAACGCCACUCAUUCGAAAAUUAAGCGUCUUGAGAUAAAGUACAUUGAUCUCAGUCAACGUCUGUCUGCAUCACGUGAUCUCGCUCAGUUUAUUUGUAAGAUGCCUCAUCUCAGGGAACUUUGUCUCGGUGAUGAAUAUCGACCUUCACUUCAUGAAGAGUUAUAUUCAACGUUAUCAUCCUUAGCAUCUUCCACGAAGAUAGAGUGUAUUGAGAUCAAGUACAUUGAUCUCAGUCAACGUCCGUCUGCAUCACGUGAUCUCGCUCAGUUCAUUUGUAAGAUGCCUAAUAUCAGGGAACUUCAUCUCGGUAAUAAAUUAGGAUUCACCAGUCCCUCACUUCAUGAAGAGUUCUAUUCAACGUUAUCAUCCUUAGCAUCAUGCGCAAAAAUUGAGCGUCUUAAUAUCAACCGUGUUGAUCUCAAUCAACGUCUGUCUGCAUCACGUGAUCUCGCUCAGUUCAUUUGUAAGAUGCCUAAUCUCAGGGAACUUCAUCUCGGUGAUAAAUUAGGACUCGCCAGUCCCUCACUUCAUGAAGAGUUCUUUUCAACGUUAUCAUCCUUAGCAUCAUCCGCAAAGAUUGAGACUCUUCAUCACAGUGAGAAUCUCAGUGCCUGUCCGUCUGCAUCACGUGAUCUCGCUCAGUUCAUCUGUAAGAUGAACUAUCUGAAGAACCUCACACUCGACGGGCAGUAUCAUGAUGACUUCUACUCAACAUCAUCAUCGAUGGCAUCAACUGCAAAGAAUAUGCGAAAAAUGAAUUUAUCAAUAAUGCCCUCAUGA